GCCGAAGACUCCACGUUGUCCCGCUGCUCUGACAUAGCUUCAGAAAAAAGGUAUCUAGCACAUCUCCUUGAUCCUGCCAUUCGCAACUUUUCUGUCAACCUUCCUUCACUUCUCCAUACACACGAGAACAACAGUAGAGACUACCAGAAUUUGAUAGAGCAUCAUGGCACCAGGCACAAUCGGAGACUUCGUUCCGCCCUCCACAGAACCCACACCAGAAAGUCAAGUCUCUUCAGCAAAUGCGCCCACACCAGCCCUCUUCUCCCUCUCCGGGCAAACAAUUGUCAUCACAGGCGCAGGCCGAGGUGUAGGCAUCACACUCGCAAUCGCUUGUCUCGAAGCCGGAGCACACGUAGCUUGUCUCGACGUCCUCCCAUCACCAGCAGAGAAAGAAUGGGCCAUCAUCCAGUCCUUGUGCAAGAAGAACAACCUCACUGCCACAUACGGGAAAUGCGACAUUACGAACGAGACCGAUGUGCAAACAACCCUUGAGGAGAUCGCAUCCAGAGAACAAUCCCAGACAGCUCCCUUCAGCGGAAUCAUUGCCUGUGCGGGAAUUCAACAAAAGACGCUAGCCUUGGACUACCCACCAGAAGACUUCAACAAGAUGUUGAACGUCAAUGUCACCGGAACAUUCCUCACGGCGAAACACGCAUCGAAGAUGUUUGUGAAGAACAACAUCAAAGGCAGCAUUGUUCUGAUCGCCAGUAUGAGUGGAAUCAUUGCCAACCGAGGAUUGCACUGCACAGCAUACAACAGCAGCAAAGCUGCCGUGCUCCAGAUCGCUAGAUCCAUGUCACAAGAAGUGGGACAAUAUGGGAUCCGGAUUAACACGCUUUCGCCGGGUUAUAUUCGUACGGCGAUGACGGCUGCACUGUUGAAGGAGGAGCCACACCUUGAGAAGUUGUGGAUGGCUGGAGCUCUUUUGGGGAGGAUCGGUGCUCCGGAGGAUUUCAAGGCACCUGCUGUAUUCUUGUUGGCUCCCGGAAGCAGCUGGAUGACGGGAGCGGACUUGAGGGUCGACGGCGGGCAUUGUGCUAGUGCUUGAGCACAUAUAAAUGUAAAUUGUCGCGC